AUGCUUGACUCAUUCGUCUUCGGUGGAUUCCAGAUGACUGUGGGAAAAACGCAUGACAUCACGGCAGAUGAUUUGGCGAAAAUGGGUCAGAAUGGCAAUCGACUUUUCUUUUUGCUUCCACCACUCUACUACAAUACUUUCACCAAGAAGACACCUCAAACCAUCAAGCAGUAUGCAAUCCUUGUUCCGUAUCCCGAGGAGGUGUAA